AUGGCUGCCCAUGGAGAAGAGCUCAUUGGAAGCCGACGAAUUGUUUUUCAGUUGACGGAAAUUCGAAGAGGCAAAAAAGCGAUUAAUAAGAUCGACCUCUCUACAGUGUGGAGUAUUGACGAUGGCUCAACCCAAAAAUGCACCUUCAUCCUCUCUGAUAUUAACCAUAAAAUCAUGUUCAAAGUGAAACCAUGCGACUCAUUCCUUCAUGAGCAGCGAGUACUACUCGAUGAUGAUGACCAACCCAUCGUUAGCAUUAGUGCACACGAUGGAUGGUAUGCAUUCAGGGGUGACAGUGAAAGCAAAUCGGAUAUGAUAUUUACCACAAAAAAACCUUGCGUGAUCCAGCUGUUUAAGAGUGGUGUAAAUGUGUUCUUGGCAAACAAAACCAGUAAUAAAAAUGUUUGUGAUUUCAAGGUCGAAGGAAGCUGGUCGAAGAGAAACUGCACUAUUUAUAUGGGAGAUACUUCAACCACAAUAGCCCAAAUGUCCAAAAUACAGUCAUCCGAGAAUAUUGUAAAGUUCGUUAAUGACAAAUGCAAGGUGACCAUUUCUCCCAAUGUGGACUUUGCGUUUGUGAUCACAAUGAUAGCAAUUGUUGAGGCUAUGGAAAACUCUGACACAAAAAGUAAAGGUGUUGUGCAAGUUCUUGGAGGUGUGACUAAAGUUGUUGGCCCAAUACUCCUUUCAUAG